AUGCAAUGCGGUCCCCGAAAAGAUCGAAGUGGAGAAAUACGCGAACGGGGCACAAACACUGAUGUCGAAGGUGAUUUUUCGUAACGAGCCAGAUUUAACGUAAUAGUCGGAACACGAAAACGCCGAAGGUCAAGCUGCAGACCGCUAUAAAGUCGGGCAGAGGGUCGACGAAGAACCGUCAAAUACGACGCUUUUUUUUUACCGCGGAUAUCGUUUGAUUGGGGGAGGGGGAGGAGUGAUCUAUAAUGGGUGCCGUCAGCGUCGAAGGAACGCGGUCUGUGAGAAGCAAUCGCUUCUCGAUUUUUUUUUCGUUUAAGAUUUAUACGGUGGUCAAUACGAAAACAACCGAAUUUACAGUAAUCGUUUACUAUAAAAUAUCGGGAAAUAUCGGUGAACGGAUACACGAGUAGCGUCCGGGUCAUUUCGGGGUCGUUUUGCCACCAGGUUCAGUAAUCGCGUGUGUGGAUUUCAUGACAGCUGACCGUGUUCUAUUCUUGGCCGCUUGAUUAAUCCGUGAAUUCGAGCGCGGACUAACAUAUUGUUAUAAUGUUAUUUUAUUACGCCCCCAUGAAUUACAAGCACUGGCAUAUUUUUUUUUUCCAAUUAUAUUCGAUUUAAUUCGAUACGAUAAAUACCGAGCAAUAAUAUUAUAAGGAUUUCCAAAUAUGAAUAAAUUUCUUGAGACCGGUCUGAUAUGGGUUAUUUGUUGUCUCUUCAGGUACUAUGUAUGCAGCAUGAGACGUGCCUCUAACGUGGAUGGACUUUACUGCCGUUACUCGGAGGAUACAGCUGAACAUACUCUCUUCGACGACUGCCCGCAUUGGGAACCCUUCCGGUCGACAGUCGGGGCGUUUUCAGAUGCAGGCGUAUCACUCCUGACGAGGUUCGAGAUCUUUUUUGCAGACAUUUCACGCCGGGACCUAGAUCGUUUCGAAGUGGCACCAUGA